CAUCCUCACUCAUUUACUUAUCAAACUACUGAUCUAACUUACACAUACAAACAUAAAACAAGAAACAAUUUAAGGAAGACUUUUUUAUUACUCCCCGUAUGAUGCCCCCUGACUACAUUUCAUAUUUUGUUCUCAUCCUACUGACUUUGAUUUUACCUGCUUGACCAGAAUCCAAGGAAUUCAUCUCUAAAUCUGGAUGAAAAAUGAAACACAAAGGUCUUUGCGUGCACAGGCAGCGAAGGACAGACCCCGAUGACGAUGGGGCCCAGCGGACCGUUGACGGGUUGCGAGGAGGAGGAAGAUGAAGAUGAGGAGGAUGAAGCUGAGGGUGAACCGCAGCCAGCCGCUGUUUCUGUCCAGAGGAGAAACAUCUGGAAACCUCCAGAAAGGAGGAACCAUGCGGGUCUGACGCCGGGACAGAGAGUGUCGAGGUGCGGUUGCAGUGGCAGAGUCCAGAAUCAGGGACCGGAUGAGAGCGUAUUUGUAACAUCUGUGUGUUUCCGUGGCGACUACCCUCUCUGCCAACGCAGCAGGAUCUAAGCCAACGUUUACCACGCAGAGGAUCCGACAACACACAAAACAGUAAUGCAGAGAGGGACGAUGGCCUGCACAAAGUUCUUCUGUCCACCAGGAGACAACAGCUCCUCCACUGGACAGAGGAGCUUUCUGGGUCUCACCUCCUUCUCUAUCCGAGAUCUGCUCAGGUCCAAGGAGCCUCACAUCUCUGCUGGCCUCAGGACAAUGGACGGAGUGAACGAGGUCGGGGAGGUGAAGGUGUCCCGUCUACAGAUGGAGGGAGAGAGUGAUGAUAAAACUCCUCCUGAACACAAGUGUCCCGCUUUGUGUGACAAUCUUCACAGCUCUUUCCACGACAAGGAAAACAGUCCCAUGAUGAGAGCUGUGCUGUGUGCUCAGGUGUGUAAGGUGUACAGGUUUCAGACAGAGGAUCAGCGAUGGCUGCUGGUCAGGGAACAGUUGUCAGAGACACCGCUCUCUUUCACUUUACCCAAACAGCUACUGAGGGCGCUCAUACACGAGCACACGAGCAGGAUCAAGGAGGUGAAGGAGCUCGGUGACCUUUCCCCCCACUGGGAUGGGCUCCGCCACGAUGUCGUCAGCCACUGUAACUACCUGAUUGGCUGUUAUCAGGAAACACUCGCCGAGCUUGACAAAGUCUCAGUCUCGUCCUGCUUUAAGUCGAGCAGCAGUAAGUCAGACAGACACCUUCAGUUUGUUCCAACCAACCUGCACUCGCAGAGGAUGGAGGUCACCAAUCCAGACGCCACAGGGGUGUGGUAUGAAGUUAUAACAUUUGGUGCUCCAGCUGAUCACCACCAGGCCUUUAAACACGGCGGACUGAAAAGACUGCUCCGCAAAAACAGAAACCCCGGGGACAGCUCCAUCUCUUACUCUCGGGACCAGAGCUCCAGAGCCAGGGAGCUGCUGGCGAGCGUUGCCCAGCUGCAGCCUCUGGUCUUCGGGCUCGCUGAGGAGCUGCUCUCCGUCUCUCUGGAGCUGAACGCUCCGCGGCUGCAGCAGGUGCUGGACGGCCUGACUCGACAGACAGAGAAGUUUGUUCACGCACUCAAAGAUGAGCUGGUGAAAAGCGCCCUGUUGGCGAUCCACUACCACUGCACUGCCAACUGCAACAGCAGCCACAUCCACAGCAACGGGCUGCUCUGUGAAAUCUCGCCAGCCAAUCGGGAGGAACAGCCUUCGCACGGUCAACAGGAUGAUGUCCGAUGUGACACGGAGUACGACGAGGAGGAGUGGGACAGGGCCUGGGCGAACGUUGCCAAGAGCCUCAACUGCAUCAUUGCCAUGGUGGACCGGCUGCGGUGGCGAGAGGACAGCUCUCAGGAGCUGACAUCAGCAGAGCAGCAGGAACUUACGGCGGACACAAACUCUCACAACACCGCCUCUCCCUCCUCCUGCUCUGCGUCCUCCUGGCAGGAGCAUCUGCUUCCUCUGGUGGUCACUCUCAGGGACUGCGUGCGCGAGGCUGUGUUGAAGGCGCGAGCCGCCAUGACCUUCGUGGUCCUGCAGGGGGCGGUGGCCCCGACUGUUGACCAGGGACCUGCACAGCUCAUGCAGAGACGCCACGCUGUCUUCAGCCAGGCGCUCUCAGCUGUAGUGUGUGGUUUCAUGUUGAAGCUGUAUGGGGGUCUGGAGGAUCCCGAGUUCCUGCAGCAGCUUCACUCUGUAGGAGUCCUGACCCAGUUUGAAAGCCUGCUCAGCACCUACGGUGAUGAGGUGGGGAUGCUGGAGGACAUGGAGGUGGGUGUGGCCGACCUGAGUGAAGUGGCGUUCACCGUCACCGAGGCUCAAACAGAACAACCGGAGGCCCUGUUGCCGACGCUCACUGGAACAUGGGGCAGUCUCGUCGUCGAGGUACCGUUGACUCCGGAGACGUUUAGGCCGUUGCCACAGGAACUAAAAAAGGGGCGUUUGAUACGGGUUCAUCCUGUUCUCUUCAACAUCGGGAUCAACCAGCAGCAGAGUCUGGCUGAGAGGUUUGGUGACAGCUCCCUGCAGGAGAGAGUGAAUCAAAAGAGCUGUGAGCGUCUUAAAGCUUAUUGUAACACGCUGAGAGAGACACUACCUGACAUGGCUGGUAUCCAGUCACUGUCAGACCUGUUGUCGUCUUUGGACCAAAGUGUAGAAGCCAGGAAGAGGAAGAACGUGGAGGUUCUGUGGAUUGCUGCUAUGGUGUGUCGUAAAGCCAACGGCGUUCGUCUGACCAGCUGCAAGAGCGCCAAGGACCGCACGGCGAUGUCGGUGACACUGGAGCAGUGUGUGUUGCUGAGAGAGCGACACACACUCAGCCAACAGCACUUCGGCACCGCACUGGACUGCAUGAGGAGGGACGGCUGCAGGAUGGAGAACGUGCAGAAGAACGUGGGCAGCAGGAAGUUCGCCUUCAGCGGCGUCCAGCUCCUCACCUUCCCCAAACUGUACAGACCUCCAGACGGCAGCUACGGAUAGACACACUGACACUCUCUUUACGUUCCUGUACAGGUUGUUUUGUUCUUAGACUGGUUUUUUUAAUCACGUGAAGACUGCGUUGUGUUAUACAUGAAUGUAAAUAUUAUAUUAUUGACCCUCUGUACUGUUCACUGUGGCUGCAGGUGUUUGAUUUACAAACGUGUGUCUGCAAUAA